AUGGGAGAGGUUGAGGCUGUGAUCCCGCUGACCGACUCAGAACACAAGCUGCUAUCUCUCCACUUUGCUACGGACCCUGGGAAGGACUGGGAGUGGGGCCGGGAUGACAGCGACAACAUCAAGCUAGCCAGUUUAAUCCUGUCCCUGGAAGCCAAACUGAACCUGCUGCAUAACUACAUGAACGUAACAUGGAUCAGGAUACCAUCUGAGACCAGGGCUCCCCUGGCCCAACCGGAGUCUCCCACGGCGUCCCACGGGGGCGAUGACGUCCAGUCUCUAGCCGACUCCAUGGACUCCGACCGCGACUCCGUCUGCAGCAACUCCAACGUCAACAACGGCAAGGUCUCCACCAAGGACAAGGACAAGGAUCCCAAGGAGAAGACGGAGAGGCAGCAACAGCGUAAAGACAAGGACAAGACCAGGACGGACUCUGUGGCCAACAAGCUAGGCAGCUUCAGCAAGACCCUGGGUAUCAAGCUGAAGAAGAACAUGGGAGGUCUGGGAGGGCUGGUCCACGGAAAGAUCAACCGCUCCAACUCCGGAGGCAACGGCCGGAACAACGGAGGAGUGGGGGGCAACGGAGGAGGAGGGGGCGGCAACGGAGGAGGGACAGAGAAUAAUGUAGAGAAGAAGAAGGAGAAAAAGGAGGGGAAAGCACGGAAGGAUGGAGGAGGAGGAGAGAAGGAAGGCCAGUCUGCGAGUACGUCGUUCUCCUCGGACAAGACCACCAGCCCGUCUCCCACCGAGCGCCCCCCAGGCGUGCCCUCUCCUCCCGGGGAACGGGACAGGGACAGGGGGGGUCUCCUGGCCAGACUGGUGGGGGAUAAGGCCCUGUCGGAGCACUGGAAGUACAGCACAGACGUCAAGCUGAGCCUCAACAUACUGAGAGCCGCCAUGCAGGGCGAGAGGAAGUUCAUCUUCGCUGGCCUUCUCCUCACCUCCCAUCGCCACCAGUUCCAUGAGGAGAUGAUCUCCUUCUACCUGACCUCCGCUCAGGAGCGCUUCUCUGCCGAGCAGGAGACUAGGAGGAAGGAAGGAGAGAAGAAACCUGCAGCAAACUCUACAACCACGACGACUACGACCAACGGGUCCUCCAACGCCCUGAAGAAACCAGAGCAGGAGAGCGCCCCUCACCGGGAGAGAGAGAGGGAGAAGGAAAGAGAGAGAGAAAAGGAGAGAAGGGAGCGAGACACCCGCACCCCUCCUCCACCUCCCUCCUGCCCUCCUCCUCCUACUCCCCUUCCCCAGGACUUCAUCUCUUCCCCAGCCAGACACCACCAAAGCCAUACCCCUCACAUCCCCCCACAGAUUGCCCUGAAGAUGCAGGGCCGCCACAGCCCCUCGCCCCACUCCUCCCCCAGCAACGGUGCUACCAGGAGACCGGGGUCCGUCCCACCUGUCCCCGGCCCCGUCCCAACUGCAGUCCCAGUGUCAGCCCACUACAGCCAUACCCCUCCCAUCCAGAGGUCCAGUAUCAUCCACCUGAGAGACGUCAACCUCCAGGCCCUCCAGGCACCCAGCUUCCAGCCGGACGACCCCCAGCCCAGCUACAAGCCUCCUCUGGUGGGCACCCUGAAGACCUGUGCCACUUACCCCCAGCAGAACCGCUCUCUGUCCUCCCAGAGCUACUCUCCAGCCCGCCUGUCUGGGGUCCGUUUGGGCACCGGGGUCAACCACGCCCACCCGGGGGUCCCAGGCACCACGGAGCCCUACAACAUGCCUGGGGAGCACAAGUCCCAUACCUAUACCAACGGCUUCAACGCGAGCCACAUACAGGACUGUCUGGAGUUCGCCGACGUCGACUUGCCUCAGACCUGGGGGAGCAGUAGCGUCACCAGGACGGGUUCGGGGUCCGACAAGGUCAAAAGUCAGAUGGGUAGCGCUGGUGGGGGUUGCCUGGUGUACUGCCUGCAGCAGAGGCGAUGCAAGAGGGAGAAGUGCUCCUUCUACGGGCGACCAGAGACAGAUAACUACUGUUCCUACUGCUUCAAGGAGGAUCUGAAACACAAGGAGAGGGAGGCCAAAGUCCUCAGUAGGCCUGGAUAGCCCCUGGUACCGCGCCAGCCAGAGGUGCUGCUACUCUAGCCUGGUGUACUAUCUAUCACACUACAGGUACUGCAAACCCUGCUGCUGACAACGCAACACAACAGAAGACAACAGAACUGUGUCCCAUAGAGAAGGAGAUAGAGCAGGUCUACUCAAUAGACUGUCUGUGGACGUUGGGACAUCAAAACAGACAGACAGACAUGCUCAGAGCCAGGUGAUCGCCUGCUCUGUUUAAAACGUUUGAUUCCUGUCACUUCCUCUGUCUCAGUGUACAGUACAGUAGGCUACUGUAAAGGACACAACUACUUGAUGACAAGCAGGGUAGAUCUCUGUCCACUUGACAUCUUUGGCCAGCAGGAAUUUAUAACUUUGUUCGUUUUUAAAAAUAUAUAUAAUUUGGUUCAACUUUUAGUUAGUUUAUGGAGAAAUGUCUGUGUUUUUUUGCCCACAACUUGAAUGGCAAACUCAGAUAUCAUUUCAGGCACAUACACUACACAUAAAAUAGCAAAAUUGCAUUUUGUUGUGCAGUGGUUCAAAACUUAAACUUUAAACUUAAGCCUAACUUCAAACUUAAACUGGACUGUUUUGAUUUAAAACCUUCAACCAACUUUCAAAACAAACUUCUCAAAGCAAUACGUUAGUAACUUCAACAGGGUUUUUUAUUUUUAUUUUGGAUCAAUAAUUGUCCUAAAGGCAACUCACUGUGAACCCUUUCUGUUGUCUAUGCACUCCUGUUGGCUUCAGUAGAGAGUUCAAAUCCUCUGGUGCAGCUGAAAGACAAUAGACAACAAUAGGCAGGAUAUUCAGUCGAACGCAAAGAAACCCACACCAAGGAAAAUAACCGUUUCGUGUGGUGAAAAUGCACUUUGUAAUUUAAGUUUGCAGUGUGCACUCACAUUGAUUACAUGGUUUAAACGAAACAACAACAAAAUCGAAUUGGUUUUAAUGAAUCGUACUCCUUAUCACAGGGAGGGCAGGGAGACUGUUUCAAUGCUAGUUUGAUUUGGUCUGCCUCACAAAAUAUUUGUAUUUAAUGUUUUCCUCUACAUUCUACAGGUCUUAGAUAAACCGAACGUGUUUUCAUCAGCAGUUGAUUAUCUUGGUUGUUAUUUUACAGGUGCUGCGUGGUGUUGCUACCCAUUAGGGUUUAUUAACAACGACAAAAUAACAUGAAAUCUCCUGGCCAAAGAUGUUAAAUAUCUACAGAGAGAACGCUCUUCAAACAACUCCUGAAUAUAAUGACGUUUGGGAUCCUUUUUAUUGUGUCUGGUUCAUGGACUCUCACCAUUUAAAUGUAAAAAAAUAUAUGAUUUUGUAUUCAUUUGAGAGUUUUACACAACUUAAAUUAUUAAUUUGCACAUUAGAUACCAAUGUACAGUACAUAGCAAAAAUGAGGAACAAAAAUAAGAUUAGUAUAUUGUGUAAAAAAAAUAAUAAUUCAGUUUGUGUGUUUUUGUGUAUAGAGAAUGUGAUGAUGGGGAAUUUACAAGCCAAGGCUAUAAAAGUGUUAUAUAGAAAAUAUUUUUAUAUAAUUUUCACAAAAUGCCAUGAAGCAAUAUUUUGCGCUUUUUCCUUAUGGACACGGUUUGUCACUUUG